AUGUUAAACCCUUUUAUAGAUGAGAAUGAUAUUUUACGCGUAGGUGGACGAAUUAAACAUGCAACCACCACGUACGAUAAAAAGCACCCUAUAUUAUUGCCAGCUAAACACCAUUUUACUACACUAGUUAUUCGUCAUAUGCAUUGGCGACAUUAUCACACAGGUGUUUUAGGCACUUUAAACGCGAUUCGACAAAUCUAUUGGCCCAUCAAUGCUAUGCAAUCAGUCAAACAUUGCAUCCGUACCUGCGUACCGUGUCAUCGCGCGAAUCCAACGAUUUCGCGAUAUCAAAUGGGAAAUUUACCCAAAAAUCGGGUUACCUUAAACCGUCCAUUUUUAAUAACUGGCAUCGAUCAUUGCGGUCCAUUAUAUAUUAAAGAAAAACGCGUUCGCAACACCAAAACAGUGAAAGCUUAUGUAGCAGUAUUUGUAUGUUUCUCUACAAAGGCAGUUCAUCUUGAAUUGGUUGGUGAUCUCACCACAGAUUCUUUUCUAGCGUCACUUAAAAGGUUCUUCGCGCGACGAGGAAAGUCGUCCGACAUUUAUUCGGAUAAUGCCAAAACAUUUGUUGGCGCAGAUCGAGAAUUGCGUGAAAUUCAUAAUUCAUUCGAAAUCGCCAUUAAAGAUAGUAACAUCCAACAGUACGCAAUAAAUAAUAACAUAACGUGGCACUUUAUUCCGCCACGCGCGCCUAAUUUUGGUGGUCUAUGGGAAGCAACUGUUAAACUAGUAAAACGUCAUUUAUUCCGUACAAUCGGAAAAACUUUACUAACGUAUGAAGCCAUGACAACGUAUUUAACGGAAAUUGAAGCCAUCUUAAAUUCCCGCCCACUUAUUCCUUUAUCUACCGAUCCAAACGAUUUUACCGCACUCACACCUGGACAUUUCCUAAUCGGUGACUUGAUUACAAGUAUCAAUGAGUCAAGCGUUGCUACCGUUCCGUCCACCAAAUUAUCGAUGUGGCAACAUGUGCAACGAAUGAAAGAACAUUUUUGGACACGUUGGCACAAGGACUAUCUACACGAAUUAACAGUUCGCAGAAAAUGGCACACAUCCACGCCAACUGAGGUCAAGGAGGGUGCACUGGUCAUCGUACAUGAGGACAAUGUACCACCAUUAUGUUGGGCCCUAGGCAGGAUAGUUGCGUUACAUCCUGGUGACGACCAUAUCACACGAGUCGUGACGAUCAAAACCGUUGCCGGCGAAUAUAAGCGUAGCUUGAAAAAAUUAUCACUGCUACCGUUAGACUAG